AUGUGGUCAGGCUUCCGCCCUUGCGUGCCAGUCGCUGUUUCUGUUCAGUCUCGUUAUUUUUGUGUUUCUUAUCGGCUCUUGCAGCAGGAAAAGACUGUUAAGCAGGAAGCUGCCCAAGAGAAUUUAUAUGCUGGUCACUCAAGAUUUAUUGCUGAGGCAGAGAGGAACGAGAAAUGGCAGGAAGGGGUAGGAAAUGCUCGCAAGGGCGGGGACGAGGGCACGGGUGAGGAAGUGGAGGAUAUUCCAGACGGGAAAGGACGUCUUUCACCAACAUCUUCCCAUCUCUUCAAGCUCAUCAUUCCAGUACCAACAGGAACAGCCAAAAAGCCUCCGCUUACUGUAUUUUUGCUUCAUCCCUCUCAGCCAUUAUCUCACGUGUCCCGCUUAAUUCUCACUUCCCUUCCACCCGACACACCUUCCGCGACAAGUAUAACCUUCCAGUCAAUCCCGCACAAACCAACAACUCGAGAAACGCAAUGGUCAGAUUCUACGGACAUCGGCGACUUUGUAAAGGAAGCAGCCCAGAAUCGAGAGUUCGCAAUCACAAUUGCCCCCAAUAAAACUAAACCGGAAGACCAAGUCAAGAUUCAUGUCUUGGUGCCCUCCUUCCGCAGCCGUACUCGGUUCUUGCGACAGAGACUGGAGCAUGUGUCUAACGAGUUGUCCAAAAUGGAAGAGGUCAAACGGGAAUGCGAUCAUAUUGCUCAUCGAAGUGCACGGAGGCUGGCGUUGGGUGGCUUUGCGAUGUUAUUGGUGUACUUUGGUGGAGUUGCCAGGCUAACGUUUUGGGAUCUUGGGUGGGACAUUAUGGAACCAGUGACAUAUCUUUCCGGCCUAACAUGGAUUAUUUGUGGAUAUUUAUGGUUCCUGUAUCAAGGUCGAGAGGUAUCGUAUUCCUCUUUGCUCAAGCAGUCCGUAUCAACCCGACGUGCAAGACUAUACGAGUCCAAGGGGCUCGACUUGGAUUUGUGGGCAGAUCUCGUUACGGAAGAAAAGCAGCUUAAGCGAGAGAUCCAUAAGAUAGCCGACGAUUACAACAUCAAGUGGGACGGUAGUCCUGAAGGUAACUUUGAAGUGCGAUCCUCGCGGGAGCAAGAAAAUCACACCAACGGAUUGGCUUCAAACAAUGCAUCGCACGUGAAUAACCAAGAAUCCCAAGAACUCACUCCGGUUGAACGAGCGAAAAGGCUAAAAGCGCUGGAUGAAAAAGCGGAGAUUGAGCGGGACGACGACGGGGAAACCUCGAAAGAGAAGAAGUAA